AUGACGGAAGGGAAUGGCACAUUAGUGACUCACUUCAUUCUCGCAGGACUGACGGAUUCUCCAGAUCUGCAGCUGAUCCUCUUUAUUGUAUUUCUCUUCACCUAUGCCAUCACCCUGGCGGGAAACCUGGGAAUGAUCGUGCUCAUCAGGCUAAACUCCCAACUUCACACCCCCAUGUAUUUCUUCCUCAGCAACCUGUCCUUCAUCGACCUGAGUUAUUCUUCAGUCAUCACGCCCGCAACAAUGAUGAAUUUAUUAACAGCCCAGAAGACCAUCUCUUUCUUCGGGUGCUUUACCCAGAUGUACUUUUUCGUUGCUUUAGCUGGCGCCGAAUGCUUUCUGUUAGCUGUGAUGGCUUAUGACCGUUAUGUAGCCAUCUGUAUCCCACUGCUUUACAUGGUGGUGGUAUCCUGGAGAGUCUGUGCCUGGCUCCUGUCUGGCACAUAUGUAGUCGCCACCAUCAACUCUUUGGUCAUUAUACUUUUUGUAUCUGGAUUACCAUUCUGCAAGUCUAAUCUCAUCCAUCAUUUCUUCUGUGAUACUUCUCCUAUCUUAUCUCUGUCCUGCAAGAACACACUGGAGACAGAAAUUUUCAUAUAUGUUUUAGGGGGUUUGACCCUCGUUCCAUCUCUGAUCAUCAUUUUUGUCUCCUAUGUCACCAUCCUCUCUGCAGUUUUGAAGAUGCAUUCGAAAGAGGGUAGGAAAAAAGCUUUCUCGACCUGUGGUUCGCAUUUGAUGGGGGUUAUGUUAUUCUAUGGGACAAUGAUCUUUACUUAUUUAAAGCCAAGUAAAUCCUAUUCUUUGGGCAGGGACCAAGUGGCCUCUGUGUUCUAUACCAUUGUGGUCCCCAUGUUGAACCCCCUUAUCUACAGUUUGAGAAACAAAGAAGUGAAAAAUGCCUUCAAACAAGUGAUAAAUAGGAAAAUAGUUCAUCAGAAAAGGUAA